UCCGGCGGUGGGACGGUGCGGGCGGCGGGCGCCAUGGGGAGCCGCGGGCAGGCGAGUGGGGCGCACGCAUUCGAUCCGUGCUGGGAGGUUUUGAAGCUUUUCAAGUUGUUACACAGAACACGGCAAGAAGUUUUUAAAAAUGAUACCAAAGCCCUUGAAGCUGCAAGGCAAAAGAUAAAUGAAGAAUUCAGAAAUAACCGAGAUGAGACGUCUGAAGAGAAGAUAAAUGAGCUUCUGAAAAUAGGUUCAGAUGUUGAAGUGAUUCUCAGAACUUCUGUUAUUCAGGCAGUUCACACAGAUUCUGACAAAAUAGUACUCAUACCCAGGAAAGAUCUGCUACAGGACAACACUCCUUACAUAGAUAAACCAACAAAAAAGCAAGAAUCCUGAGGAAAUAUUGUUACCAGGAAAAAAAGAGACUGAAAUCAAUUCACUGAUUGUGAGUGCUGGGUUAUCAUCAUGCGUUUGUUCUUUGGAAGAUAGUAAUACUUUCACAGAACUUAAAAGUACAUUGCUGAAUUGUGUUACUUCAGCCAAGAAUGCUUCUGACUAUGACAGCUGUCAGACAGAGAUUUUUUUUCCCAGCAAUCCAGAGUUUUUCAAACCUAUAUAAAAAUUAAAUGGAGUACUUAAUACUGAUAAUAUUUAUUUUUAAGUUGUCAAUCAUAAGCUGCUUUGAAGUAAUGAAAAUUCAUCUUGUGGCAUUUAACGUUAAAUUUAUACUUUGCACCAAAAGCACAAUUCUGAAGUUUGACAUUAAUUGUACACCAGUAUACUGUGAUGCUUGAGAGAGUUCUUAAAGGUUUAUCUGAAUAAAUUAUUUCUGUUUUACAGAUGG